GCAUAACACCACAGAAGAAGAAGGUACGUCCUAGGGAUACCGAAUAGCACUAACCUGAAUGUCAAGCUACUCUUUUCUGUCAUAUCAACGUGAUUAUUUUCGGGUUGUAUGUUCUCUUCAUUGUAACUAUUAUAUGUUUUUACGUAUUCAUACAUGAAUUGCACAUCGUGUGGAUGUUCAAUAUAAACGUAGAGUCUGGCAAUAUAUUUCAACGCUAACGCAUUGCAAAGCUAGUGAAGCUAACUAGCCGAUUUGGAGUGGACGUUACACCAUGGAGCCCGAAGCACAAAUACGAAACCUACGAGACUUUCUGAUGGUCUACAACCGUAUGACAGAGAUCUGUUUCCAGAGAUGCACCAGUAACUUCAACUACAGAAGUCUCACCAUGGACGAGGAGCGCUGUGCAGACAGCUGUGCCGGGAAGCUGAUCCGCUCCAACCACCGUCUGAUGGGAACCUAUGUCAACCUGAUGCCGGGGAUGGUGCAGCGUCGCAUGGCUGAGAUGGAGAAGAAGAACGCUGAGCUGGUCACAGCAGAGGCUGAGGCUGCAGGUGCACUGGAGGGGACACCUGACUUGGCUGAUCAAGGCCUACCUAUAGCCUCAACCGGGGGUAAAGCCUCCUCUCCUGCCCCGGGGACAAGUGAGGCUAUGACGGCUUCAGAGGUAUCAGUGAUGGCUGCCUCAGUCUUAAAGCCUGCUGUUUUAGAUUUCUCUGCAGACCUGGGUCCAGCUGCCUCACCCUCCACCCCCUCCUCCACCUCCACAGAGGUUAAACUAGCAGCUGCCUCACCCUCCACUCCCUCCUCCACCUCCACAGAGGUUAAACUAGCAGCUGCCUCACCCUCCACCCUCUCCUCCACCUCCACAGAGGUUAAACUAGCAGCUGCCUCACCCUCCACUCCCUCCUCCACCUCCACAGAGGUUAAACUAGCAGCUGCCUCACCCUCCACCCUCUCCUCCACCUCCACAGAGGUUAAACUAGCAGCUGCCUCACCCUCCACCCCCUCCUCCACCUCCACAGAGGUUAAACUAGCAGCUGCCUCACCCUCCACCCCAGCCUCAGAACCACUGGUGCCUUCCUCCCUCUCCCAGGCUGUGACUGGAGUAGGGCUCACCAGGUUGACUUCAGGCCCAAUUUUAGAGUUGUCCCCUGUUCGACAUGAUCAAUCCACAGUCACUGCUGUUCCCAGUGCAGCACCAAGUGGUCCCCACCUUAGUAGAUAACUAGGCACCAGUAAUGUUAGUUCCGCCCACAUUUACAUAUGGUGCCUGUAGAGGCGACACCAGCGCCUACAAUAGUGACUCUUAUGGUUACACAGAGAUAAGCCCUAACCCCAGACCAAGCCCUAACCCCAGGCCCUGCCCUAACCCCAGGCCCUGCCCUAACCCCAGGCCCUGCCCUAACCCCAGGCCCAGCCCUAACCCCAGAGCCUAACCCCAGCCCUAACCCCAGAGCCUAACCCCAGGCCCUGCCCUGCCCUAACCCCAGGCCCUGCCCUGCCCUAACCCCAGGCCCUGCCCUGCCCUAACCCCAGGCCCUGCCCUGCCCUAACCCCAGGCCCUGCCCUGCCCUAACCCCAGGCCCUGCCCUGCCCUAACCCCAGGCCCUGCCCUGCCCUAACCCCAGGCCCUGCCCUGCCCUAACCCCAGGCCCUGCCCUGCCCUAACCCCAGGCCCUGCCCUGCCCUAACCCCAGGCCCUGCCCUAACCCCAGGCCCCAGCCCUAACCCCAGGCCCCAGCCCUAACCCCAGGCCCCAGCCCUAACCCCAGGCCCUGCCCUAACCCCAGCCCUAACCCCAGGCCCAGCCCUAACCCCAGGCCCAGCCCUAACCCCAGGCCCAGCCCUAACCCCAGGCCCAGCCCUAACCCCAGGCCCAGCCCUAACCCCAGGCCCUGCCCUAACCCCAGGCCCAGCCCUAACCCCAGGCCCUGCCCUAACCCCAGGCCCUGCCCUAACCCCAGUACAGCUUCGGUCACAGUCCCAGCUCCUACCAGUGAUGUCCCUCUCCCCCCCCCAACCAUCCACCCUGACCACACAGGACUCUCAGCUGCCAUCUUGAGUGUAUGUGAUCUAUAGAAUUGAACCAAGGAUCCUGGAGAACUACUGGAAGUGCAAGGUUUUAAUACAGCCCUGCUGAAACAUUGUAAUAAUCAAGGUCUUCAGUCAGCUCUAAUUGUCUGAAUCAAGGGUGUCACCUUACUGCCCUACAGGAUAAGUGCUUUGGUCAUCAGCAAUAAAGAUCUGUUGAUGGUGAUUUUACCUUGGUGUUACUGUAUAGGCACCGUGAUGGAAAAAUACCUUUCUGUCAAAUAUUAAACGAUUCUGGAGAGGAA